AUCACAGCGUACAGCAUUGAACUCGACGCACGACGACAAGGAGCGCGACAACGACCACCUGCCUGCCUCUCUGUGUUCCACGGAUUAUAUCUGUCUCUCUCUCUUUCACCUUCUCUCGCUGAUCUCGUUUCACCGUUCCGUUCCGUUCGUCUUGGUGCACGCUGCUCUGCUGCCGCCGCCGCCGCUGCUGCUGCUGUUGCCGCUGCCGCUGCCGCGAGAAGAGGAUAACGGAAGGAGACGAGGAUAACGAGCGUUCUGUCGGCUGCUGCGAUUACGCUCGUUCAGGUGUCCCGGAGAGAUAUACCCAAACACCGUGAACCGGGAGAUAUCACGCGUGCCGUGUAUACCGAGAAGAGAGAGUACGGUACGCUCGAAAUUUGCUCGACUCCGGCGUGUGGCUCUCGCAGUGCGUCCACUCUUUCGGCUACGUUUCUUUACGCGUGUUGCCAAAGGCUCGCUCGUUCGCUCGCUCCGGUUCCCAGUGCCCGCGAGUAGCGAUCACCACGAUUACGUGACAAGUGUGUACCGCGCGCGAAUGUAAGCCGUUCGACCAACAUCGUCGCCGAAGGAGGAUCGUAGCGCAUCGUCGUUCGAUCCACCAGCUGUGAGUUUGCAGACCAAUCGGAUCGCCUUCGUCGCCUUCGUCGUCGUCGUCGUCGUCGUCGUCGUCGUCGUCGUCGUCGUCGGGGUUGUCGUAGCCGUCGUUCGGAGUGUGCCAGAUAUCCUAGCCGUAGCCUGACGCGCGAUCGUCAGCCUGGUCGAGGUCAGAUCGACGCACGAGAGCUGUCACGAAACGAUCGCGACGUUCGCGACGUCCCUUGGAAGCCGUGGGGAGCAAGAUAUACGCGCGUGUGCUGAGAAAGCACGAGCGUGUGAAACGAGGCAUCGUCGAUCUCUCGGUCGUUCGUUUCUCCUCUCGCGGAGGAAGGCCAUAGCGUUGAUCGCACGGCACUCGGUACUCGCGGCAGUACUGAGUGACCUGCAGCACCCGGCAGUCAUCGAAAAGUGUACACGACGGCGGUCACCACGUACAUCACGCCGCUCAUCACCCCAGAGAAGAUGGUGACAAGGACAAAGAAGAUAUUCGUCGGUGGACUAUCGGCACCGACGACGCUGGAGGACGUGAAAAACUACUUCGAACAGUUCGGCCCGAUCGAGGAUGCCAUGCUGAUGUUCGACAAGCAAACCAGCAGACACAGAGGCUUUGGCUUCGUCACGUUUCAAAGCGAGGACGUGGUCGACAAAGUCUGCGAGAUUCAUUUCCACGAAAUCAACAACAAAAUGGUCGAAUGCAAGAAAGCACAGCCGAAGGAAGUGAUGCUCCCGGCGAACCUGGCGAAGUCGCGAGUGGCCAACAGAGGCGCAUACGAUUUUAUGUGGUCCCUGGGAGCAUUACCUGAUGGUUUCCCAGUGGCGGCGUACGCGGCAUACGCGGCAAGCCGCAGCUAUUCUGGGUACCCUAGUUUCGGACUGCCCUACCCGACAGGAGUGCCGGCAGUGUACUACCACGGAACCGGAAGCGAGAACGCAAGCCGCGCGUAUACGGAGACACCGAUGCAACACGUCCAACGGACUGCGCUCCGGAAGAAAUUGGAUCUUACCAACGGCCAGCUCACCCCGAACAACAAUACGCCCUUGCUCACGCAAGCUCUUUCUGUGAUGAACAACUACCAGGCGGCCGCAGCGCAGGCCGGAUUUCCGCCGGCGUCGCCGCACGCGGCCGGUGGCCACGGUGGGCCACAGGGCCGGUCUUUUCCUGCGGCCAACUCGCCGGGCCCCAUCGACAUGUAUAGUUCAAACGCCGCAGCCGCAGCAGCAGCCGUAGCCGCGGACUCCGCAGUCGCCAGCUACGUCCAGGCCGCAGCUAGUCCGCAGCCCCCUACGACCGCGUUCCCUGCGAUCGCCGUGUCCCGUGCCCCGCUCAACUACAGUCCCGGUCCUCUAAUACCAGCGGCGUUCACUAAUGGCUACCAUUGAGCCUUGUUAAGACCUAAUAACAGGAUGGACGAGAGGGCAGAACGCAGCACGGUCGACUGACGGUACAGUGAGCGAUGUAAAUGCCUUGGAAAAAUUUACCACGAUGAACGAUCUCUGGACGGACGAGGACGCGUACCAUCAUGAGCAGUAGACGGGGGAAUCGCGAUUUACGUAGAAGGAUAACGGUUUCCAACGGCGUGUGUGGUGUGGAGGCUUCGACUUUGCGUGCGCGGUCGAUCGAGCGGGAAAUAGCCGCGAUUUUCCAGCGGCUACGGGAAGAUAACCAAAGUUGAACGCGUUAGGAGGAAAGGAGAAAAGAAACAAAAAAAAAAGAAAAGAGAAAAUUGAGAAAAUGGAAAAAAAAAAA